AUGACAUCAAAUUUAGGAAGUGAAAUAAUAAUGAAAGGAGUAGAAACAGAAGGACAAGUUAGUAAAAAAGUUAAAGAAACAGUAAUGGAAAUAGUAAAGAAAACAUUUAAACCAGAAUUUGUUAAUAGAUUAGAUGAUAUUAUAGUAUUCUCACCACUUUCAGAGAAAGAAUUAAAAGAAAUAGUUAAAAUACAAAUGGGAGAAGUGAUUAAAAUGAUUAAAAAGAGAUAUCCAUUAAGUGAAGUAGAAAUGACAGAAUCAGCAAUAGAAGGAAUCAUUAAAUCCGGAUAUUCAAUAGCAUAUGGAGCAAGACCAAUGCGACGAUAUAUAGAAAAGACAGUAGUAACUUCAAUAACAAAAUCAAUAAUAAGUGGAAUGAUGAAAGAGAAGAAUAAAAUUCAAAUAGAUUAUAAAAAUGAUAAAAUUCAAGUCAAAAUAACAGAUAAAUAA